CCGGAAACACACUGUGUGCGCCCGCGCUAGUCACGUGGGUAUUUUUACCCCAGAAGAGAUUCGUGUUAUGAGAUUAUCGGUCGUUUUUCAGCAAAAUAAUGUGUGAAAGCACAUUGAGGACUCUCCUGUUUUAGCCCCCCAGUCCUGUGCAGUAUCAACUGAGCCUGUACUGUAUGUAUUGACCUAAGUCUAAUAAUUUAAAAUUAGCCUUUGUUUGUGGAAAAGUAUGUCAGGAAUUUCGCUUAAUUUGACUAUAAACCCUAGUGGAAACGACAAAUCAGGUAACGUUAAAUCCAACAGAAAUGAGAAACAUGAACGUUUCCUUAAAAAGAAACAGUACCUGAUGCGGAAGGGUUUAUUAAAAGACAAACAAAACAAAAGGAAAAAUCGGAGAAGAAGUAAAAAGCAGAACCACACACAGAUCAACGGAGAGGAGCAAUCGAAAGCAGGUGCUAUUUUUCCCAAAUUUAACACCACCGUGCCUCAUACCAGUACGUCAUUCGUUUCAACACAGACGUUUUGUCAGAAAUCCUCAACUUCAGUUUCAUCCACUGCGUGCACAUCUCAGGGAAAACCAACAAAGAAAAUGGUGCCCCCCACUUCUGGACCUCUAAAAUAUGUAGCAAUGGACUGUGAGAUGGUAGGAACAGGACCAAAGGGGUCCAUUGGUGAGCUUGGCCGCUGUAGUAUUGUCUCUUACAAUGGUGAUGUCAUUUAUGAUAAAUUCGUUCAGCCUACCAAACCUGUCACUGAUUAUCGCACACGCUGGAGUGGAAUCAGGAGGCAGGAUCUCCGCUAUGCCACACCCUUUCAUCAGGCGCAGAAAGAGAUUAUAAAGAUAAUAACAGGGAAAGUGGUUGUGGGCCAUGCCAUCCACAAUGACUACAAGGCCUUAAGAUAUUUCCAUCCUGCUUGCCAAACGCGAGAUACCACCAAGAUUCCACUUCUAAACCAGAAAGCUGGAUUUCCUGAGCACGAACCUGCAUCUCUAAAGAGGCUUACUAAGGCUCUCUUCAACAAGGAUAUACAAACUGGGCGGAGAGGCCACUCAUCAGUAGAAGACGCCAAAGCCACCAUGGAGCUGUACAAAGUAGUGGAGGUUGAGUGGGAAAGAAAACUGGCCUCUGAAGCCAUUAGCUAAAAAUGGAGUAAUGGUGUAGAUUUGAAUCAGAAAACAAUAUUGCUAUAAUCUGAAGCAGUAACUUUUCAUAUGCAACCAAUCUUGUUAUUGUCAUGUUUUAUUAACAUUUUCAAAAUGAGACUUUCUUACUUUUAAUAACUUUUAGAACAACGAUAGUUGGCGUUAAAAACCACUAGGGGGCUCCUCAUUAUCUGUACCACAGAAGUGAUUUUUAAAAAAAAACUCAUUUUAUCUUUCAACUGUUGCCUCUUUGCAACAAUUGUUAACUUGCAAAAAUGUGGACAUGUUGCCUACUGUACACGCACAUCUCUUUCACUUCCAUUCAGAAACUGAGAUGAAACUCAAAAUCUUUGCAGUAAGUGGCAAGUAAAAAGCCUUUGGAGCUCCUCUGUCUGCCUGGCUUUCUUUUUACGUCUGACGAACAGGAUGAGUCAGCAUUUUUCUUCUGUGAAUUCAACACCACCACAUGAAUUACAGCCCCUACUGUAUUUAACUGUCCAAAUGAACAGACCUACUGCUAUUCCUAAGAUUAUAGUCAAAGCUCUUUUUCAUCCAAACGCACUCAAUCAUCAGUCAGUCUGUGUUUAGGAAUCCAGUUGCACCACUUCGGUGAUUUUUGGGAGGCAGUCAAAUCUUCCUUCCACUAGUUUCCCAGAAGUUUUAACCUUAAUGACCUUACUUUGGUAAUAAAAGCUUCUUUAUGGUGAAAAUCCAUAACAAUGCAAACCUGAAAUAAUUAGUUUUUUAAAAGAUUUACUGUAUCAGCGAGCUCAAUCUGAGCAUUUAUACAUCUUUAUCCAAAGCGACUUGUGGUGCGUUUAGUAUAUACAUCUUAACAGCUCCUGCAUUACCUGGGACGUCUUUGCAGUUUGGGUAUUGCUAGUGCCAUAUGCUUAACUGUUUGAACAGCAGCAUUGUGUGAUGAAUACCAGUAGGUAUGCCAACAAGCAGCACAGACUCAUCCAGUAACAUUUUAUUCAUUGUUGGUGUGAAUCCAUCUUUACACCUUAGAUUUUUGCAUUUGGCAUAUGCUUUUACCAAAGCGACUUACGGUGCAUUACAAGUUCUUAGGUAUUUUUUAAAAAUGCUAUUUCCUGGGUUCGAUCCCAUGUCCUUUUGUGGUGCUAACACAAUGCUCUAAAACUGAGCUAUAGGAUCUUUAAAUAUGUGGUUUUCACUGUGCAGUGCAUAUAUGUAGCUUUGUCUUUUUUGUGGGUAAGGACUUUGCAGAAAGAGAGGAAUAGAAAAUAUUUAGUGCAGGGGUCUGCAACCUUCACAAUGGAUAAAACGAUCUCAAUGGCUACUUUUUUGAUUUAGUCUAUUCAAAAGCUUUUUGUUUUACCGGUUGAUUUUAUUUUAUUUUACUUGUUGAUAUUUUUUAUUAUUGUUUAAUAUUAAUAUUAACAUACCUUAAAGAUGCCAAUCUUAUAUAAAAAAUAUGU